CCCGACUAACGUAAUCGCUCGUGGCAACUGGACAGGUACCCACUGUCUCGGAGCUCGCAGACAGCGCCAGCCCGACCCGACCCCAACCGGCGCAAGCUCUGUCGCCCCCACGAGCUAUCGUCCGGCACGAUCGGGCAUUGGAAAACCCUAAUAGCAACCACAGCUCUAGUCACGGCGAUAUAAAUUGUCGCCAGCCGACUUCACCUCUGCCUCGGCCCUCUCAUCAUCCGUCCUUCAAUGUCGCAGCCGUACUGACGCCGCUACCUCUGAACGGGACGCCCGGAUAUCACGGAAACGAGAAUAACCCACCUCGGCCUUCACAAUGGGGAUCGAUAGCAUCAUGUGGCACAUCGACGAGGGCCUGACGGGCUUGGUCGGCCAGUGGAACUCGUACACGACCACCUUUGUCACCCUCCUGCUCGGUAUCCUAACCUACUCGCUCUUCACCCGCGCCGAUCCCGACACCCACCCCAUGCUCCUCGCCCGCCAGGCCCAGCCGGCUCCGGUGCGCCAAGAGGGCGAGUCCGCCGUCUACCGCUCCCACGCCUCGCCCCACGGCAUGCCCCUCAACACCGGCCUCAACGUCAAGGAUCCGGGCGCCUCCAAGUGGUCGAGGGGCCGCGACGGCGAUGUGCGUGACGUCUGGAGGCAGGCUGUCGCCGGAACGCCCGAGACCGAGGGACAGAUCAAGGGCAAGGGCCGUCUACUCACAGUGCACGGCUCUGAGAAGGUCAUUGAGCAUAACCUAGACGACAUCACCCGCCAUAUCAACCUCAUCGGAUCUCACAUACUUGACCAGGGCGGAAACAGGGUCGCCGUCUACCUGCCCAACUCGGUCGAGCUGGUCGCCGCUCUAUUCGCCUGCGCCUUUCACAACCUGACGGCCAUCAUUCUUCCGUUCAACAAGAGCGAGGAGGCUGUCCUUUCGAUGCUACGCCGCUCGGCUGCCGACACGGUUGUGGCGCUUCCCGGCUCCUUCCCCUUCGACGCUGUCGUCAAGAACUACCCCGCAUUGCGCAACGUCGUCUGGGUUGCCGAUGACGGUACCCGGCACAUGGACUGGAACGAAGUGCCAAAGGGCACUGGUGGCGCCGUUAACGUGUCGACAUGGCACGAUAUCGUGACCGAGCAGCCUGUUGAUGCCGGCCGGGACCUGCCUGCUGUCGAAGGCCAGAAGGAAGCGCGAGACGUCACCAUUUUCUGGCAGUCGAAGCCUGGCGAAAUGGAGGAGAUGGUCCGCUUCACGAGCGCCAACCUGGUCGCCGCGGUCGCGGGCCAGAUGCUGGCAAUCCCCACAUCGCAGCGCCUUGGCCCUUCGGACCUGUUCCUGCCCGCAGACUCGCUCGCAAACACCCACACCCUGAUCCUGACGCUCGCCGCCCUGUUCAGCAACAGCUCUGUCGCUUUCAACUCGGCCGCUGGCGGUGCUGAAGACCUCACUCUGGCCACCCGCGGCAUCUCGCCGACGGUUCUGGCAGCGACGCCCGCCGCUCUUCUCCGCACCCACGCGCAGGCCUCUGCAUCAGUCACCAAGUCGGCCCUUGCACGCACCGUUCACGGCAUCCAGUCCCGCUCCCUCACUCAGUCGGGCGUCAUGCCCGUCGCCUCGCUGAUCUCCUCCCUCAACGACGGCCUCCGCCCCGCGCUGGGCCACACCCCCGGCAAGCUCCGGCUCGUCUUCGUGGCCGAGCGUGUGGGCGCGAGCACGCCGCCGCUGUCCUCGACCGUGCUGUCGGACCUCCGCGUCUUCACUGGCGCGCGCGUGGUGUAUGCGCUCACGGCGCCCAAGGUUGCCGGCGCCGUCACGCAGACAGAAUUUUACGACUACCGCGUGGUCGAGGAUCCGUCAGCCGUAUCGCGGGCGUCGCACUUCGGGUCCCCGCUCACUACGACCGAGGUUCUGCUGCGUGACAAGGGCGAGCACAAGACGACGGAUGACAAGAUCGAAGGCGAGAUCGUUGUUCGGGGACCCUGUGUUGCGGGCGCUGAGGCGUCUCUCGGGGUGGUGGGAAAGAUUCGGGAUGACAACACCCUGGCCUAUAUCUAAACUGGUGGCGUUUUCUCGCUGUCACGCCUCUACCGUUUCGCAUAAAAUUUCCGGAGUCUAAUCCACCCUAUUUUGUCGUUGAUUUUGAGCCAUGAUGGAAAAUAUUCACAGACAGCUUGGAAUUUCGACGGCAUUGAAGUACUUCAGCCUUUAAUUUUCCACCUACCGCGUUGUUUUCGAGCCAAGUUGUUGCUUGAGGAGAUAUGGUUUCAGGUCCUGUCUCGACGCUUCGAGAGCCCCCGACAGCGAUCCUGCACUUUGAGAAGCGCGCUGGCAUAUCUGACUUUUCCUUGUUCAUAUCAUUCGUGACAUCGUAGAAUUACAUGCUCCCCUAGGUUGCCACGCCCUUGGAAAUCUUCCACAUUAAAACUGCUUGCGCUCGCCCACUACGUCUCGUUGGGCGCGCAGAAAGUGGGGUGCGAUGCGGCCGGCCUGCAG